UGUGUUCAUUCGUAUAGGUUCACAGAUGGUGUUUUUGCUGCUACAGUGAAACGCCAUCUAGUACCAUGUGUUUUUAGCGGCUCUUAUUUGGCUCUAUAGCUUCCAUGGGUAAACGUGAUUUCAUUGUGUUCAGUUGAUUUAUAGUUGGAUUGUCAAUUUUUUUAAAUUGGGGAUAAAUUUCUCCAAACAAAUAAUUCUUAAAUUUGGUUGUGAUCGAAGCGUACGCAAGGGAGAUUUGGUAUUUCCAACAAUUUACAUAAUGUGUGAGGAACUAAGGGCAGGCAUUUUGGUCGGCUGCGGAAAUCCGUUGCUCGACAUAUCGACAACUGUCGAUGAAGCAUUUCUGCAAAAAUAUGAUUUAAAACCAAAUGAUGCCAUUUUGGCUGAAGAAAAGCAUAUGCCACUCUACAAAGAAUUAGUGGAGAAGUAUAAAGCUGAUUACAUUGCAGGCGGUUCAGUGCAGAAUUCGUUGCGCGUAUGCCAGUGGAUGUUACAAAAGCCCGACGCGGCUAUAUUCUUCGGCUGCGUUGGUCAUGACAGAUUUGGCGAGAUACUUGAAGAGCGUGCGCGCUCAAAUGGCGUUAAUGUACAUUAUCAACGCACCAAUGAAGCACCAACUGGCACAUGCGGUGUUCUUAUUACCGGCACACAUCGCUCCCUUUGUGCCAAUUUGGCUGCUGCCAAUCACUUUACCAUAGAUCAUUUGCUUACGCCCGAGAACCAAAAACUUAUAGACAAUUCAGAGUAUUUCUACAUUUCGGGUUUCUUCCUGACGGUGAGCCCACCAAGCAUUCAGCACAUUGCCCAACAUGCGCACAAACAUAAACGGCCUUUCCUAAUGAACCUUAGUGCUCCAUUUUUGUCGCAAUUUUUUAAGGAACCGUUAAUGGCUGCAUUACCUUAUGUGGAUAUACUUUUCGGCAAUGAACUGGAAGCUGAGGCUUUUGCAGCGGCUCAAGGUUGGGACGAGAAGGAAAUGAAAGAGAUAGGUAAAAAAAUGUUGGCGUUGCCUAAACAGAAUGCUGAUCGGCCGCGUAUAAUUGUACUAACACAAGGACACUUACCCGUGUUACUAAUACAAGAGCACUCCAUUGAAGAAUUUCCAGUGCAACGAUUGGCACCCAGUGAAAUUGUUGAUACCAAUGGCGCUGGUGAUGCUUUCGUUGGUGGAUUUUUGGCGCAAUACAUACAAAAGAAGCCGCUUAGCGUUUGCAUACGUUCUGGUAUUUGGGCAGCACGACAAAUUAUCCAGCGGAGCGGCUGCACGUUCGAGGGCUUAGUUGACUUUAGAGAAUAAUACUUGGUGCAAAAAUUAGUUGGAUUUUAACGUAAAGCACAUUCGAACUUGUUACGAUUUAUGGCAAUUUUUUGCAUAAAGAAA